AUGCCGCGCCGUAAAUCACAAAAGUCUAUCAAAAAAAUGUUAUCUAACAAAUCUCCGAGAAUUCAAAAUCCUUGGAUAUCGUAUUCAAAUUAUUUUUACAAGCAGCUUCGAAAAGAAAAUCAAAAAAUCAAACGUACGGAUGCCGCAAAGUUGGCUAGUGUUGCAUGGAAAUCAAUGUCAGCCGAACAAAAAUAUCCAUGGUAUCAUUCAUCUAAUCUAAAGAAGAUAGAAGGACUAUUAAAUUUAUCCAAUGUAAAAUUGCUUGAAUCUACGUAUGAUAAUCAAUUUAUUAUUGAAGAUGUUUCAUUAAUGUCAAUGAAUCAAGCAAGAAAGAAUAAUUCAACGGAGGAAGAUCAUUGUUUAAAUAGUAUGAUUCCUUCAGCUGCGAGUCAACCGAUCAAAAACAAGAAUGAAGAAAAUUUUCUAUCUACGUAUGAUAAUCAAUUUAUCAUUAAAGAUGCUUCAUUAAUGUCAUCGAAUCAGGUAGAAAUGAAUAAUUUAAUGGAAGAUCAUUAUUUAAAUAGUGUGAUUCCUUCUGUUGCGAGUCAACCGAUUGACGAAGAGAAAAAUGAGAAUGAAGACACUUUUUCAUUAUUAAAUUUAUCCAACGUUGAAUUCGAAUAUACGUAUGAUAAUGUCAUUGAUGUUUCACUGAUGUCAAUGAACCAAACAAGAAUGAAUACUUUGACGGAGGAAGUUCAUUGUUUAAAUAAUAUGAUUCCUUCAGUUGCGAGUCAACCGAUUGACGAAUCACUCGAAUAUACUUAUGAUAAUCAAUUUAUCAUUGAAAAUGUCUCGCUAAUGUCAAUGAAUCAGGUAGAAAUGAAUAAUUUAAUGGAAGAUCAUUAUUUAAAUAGUGUCAUUCCUUCAUUUGCAAGUCAACCGAUUGACGAGAAAAAUGAGUUUCCAUUAUUAAAUUUAGGAUUACUCGAAUCUACGUAUGAUAAUCAAUUUAUCAUUGAAGAUGUUCCACUAAUGCCAAUGAAUCAAGCAACAAUGAAUAAUCCAAUAGAGGAAGAUCAUUUUUUAAAUGGUGUGAUUCCAUCAUUUGUGAAUCAACCGAUUUACGAGAGGAAAAAUAAAAUUGAAGAAAUUUCUCCAUUACAUCUUACGUAUGAUAAUCAAUUUAUCAUUGAGGAUGUUUCACUAAUGUCAGUUGCGAGUCAACCGAUUUACGAGGAGAAAAAUAAAGAUGAAGUAAACGAUACAGAUGAUGUUAUUGGUUCAAAAAUGUUUGAUUUCGUAAAUUAG